UUGGCGCUAUAGUGCUGCGCGGUUGAACUUUCAUGCAUGAUCACUGCUGUAUGAUGUUGCUAAGCCGUAAGUGAUGGUGGUGUCAUUAUCUUGUACAUCAGUCAGGCAGUUAUUAUGACCAUAUUAUGACAGAGAGUGCCAAAACAAUCUAGUGGCGGUGAGGUGAAACACGCAGUAGAGACAGUGACUUGUACAACCCACCAACGGACGGCGAGGUUCACCCGGCGUGGCAAGGCUACUCACUCGUAUAGAGUAGGUCGCCAUUCGCGGUGAACUUGUCUGGGGUACCGGGUGCGCACUACGCAUUAUGGUCAGGCUUUGUUUGUUUGGAGACAAAGUUGAGACAAAGUACACAAACAGGCCGCUUUUAUCACUUUGCUGCGGAUUUGUCAAGGACAUUUGGAUAACUGUGCACUGAGAAGACCCGGCUAAUAAGAACCCAGGAGUCGCCGGCAGUUAGUCAGCGCGAGUUCUCUCCGGCAGGUGUAAACAUGUGGAUUUCGAUGAGGAGGUUAUGGCUUGGAGCGGCGGUUUUGUGGAGUACGAUGAUGUGCAUUGCGAGCGGGGUGGUUGUGGACGGUCAGGAGGAGGAUGGUACCAUCACAGACUUUUUGCCAGUGAUUCUGGCUCACCAGGAAGAGCAAAGCGACAGAGGAGUGAGUGUUCAUGAUUCAGGGAUGUACGAAGGAGCCUUACAAGAUAGAGACGAGGAACCAGAAACGUCCUAUAACCCAGAUGAUCUGUCCUGCACGGAGCUACGCUCGAAGAGAUACAUAUCUGAUGGAUUCUGCACGAGUACAAGACCCAUCACAGAGAUGGUGUGCACGGGGGAAUGUGUGCCCAAGACCUUGCUGGACGCGGGCGGUGAUAUCAUGAAAAUAUGGGGCCGGACCAAGACCAAGGAAUGGCGGUGCGUUAACGACGUGGUGCGGCAGCGAAGGGUGCACCUGGUGUGCGACAACAACGAGACCAGGACUUACCGAAUUCGUACAGUCAAGAGCUGCAAGUGUAAGAGGUACGAAGAUCAACACAACAGGCCGAAUAAUGAUAAUACCAACGAGAACGCUAACGAGGGCAGCACCAGACGCAGCCGCGAAGACAGGCGGCGAGACAGGAAAAGACAAAAAAAGCAGACUAGGGAAAUGAACGAACAGAACAACAACAAUAACAACCGAGAAAAGAGACUCGCGAGUUUCCCAGAGGACGACUGAGUCUCCAUUGAUUGAGCCAGUGUAUGACUGAGAAAGACACUUUUUCUGUCUAUAUAUAAAUAUAUAAAUAGAAGCCUUUUUAAAGUCGGCCAAGCCGAUCGUUUUACGCCCUAAUUGUGGACCAUCGCCCCCUGAAAACGGACACUGACUGGUCCAGAAUGAUGAGAGUACUGUGUCAUGUACUCGACAGCCUUUGACGUGCACUUCUUCUGGUUUUUUCUCACCCCACUGCGUCAGUUUUUAUUGUUCUGAACGUUUUUGAUGCCGGGCAUUUUUGAGGAAUGUUCCAAGUCGUACAUCCAGCACACUGAUUAGAUACUGUCACAACUAGUACACUUUAUGCCUGAGACCGUUGUGUCUUUGUACACAUCGUCUUUGAAGCUUACGCUUAUAACCGUACGGUGAACCGAUGACGCAUCAUGUUGGCUGUGUUGUAUAAGCCAUGUGAAAGAUGACGGACUCCGGGGAAAAUCUGUUUGCACUUCACUUUGUUUUCAGUGGUAACCCAGCACACACCACCAUUGCUUUGUGCAGAAACCCAGCCGCCCAACUGGUGCCCUCUGUGACACCAUUGUGGUCUUUCUCCUUACCAUGUGCACUAUGGACCUAUUUAUGUAAAUAGUGUAUUUUAUUCCCGGCGAACAGCACAGCGUAUUCGUGUACAUAUUAUGAAGGGAAAAAAGCCUUGGACAGACGGAGAACCCUGGGCUGGAUUAUUGACGUGAUUUUUGUAACGUAACACUGCCAUCGAGGUACUGACGAAUAAUGCCUGCAUAAAGAUUUGUAUAAAAAGAGAGUAAUGACUGAGUAAACCGAACCCUCAGCUUCGGUUCUAUUCACGUGCGCGUACAUUAAGUCGCCAAGUUCAUGGCCAUACGUCUUGAGUGACAUCGUAGGCAUCUGCGUCCUCUUCGCAUUUCACCUGUACAGGAAUUUUAUUUCUUUGUAUCCGACUCUCUGGCUUUCAUACUGCAUGUAUUAUUACCGCUGUAUCGGUAACAAUCGUCGCUUGUAUAAACGCCGGCUUUCUUGGAUAACUAUUUAGCGUUGCAGCGACCAUCUCUGCACGGCAUCAGUGCGCAAGAUACAUACAAAGCAGUUUACCAGCGGACAGACGCCCGUUGGUACCAGAACUCAACCAAGAAUUGCCUUCUCUUUUUCUGAUCUGACAUCCAGGAUUUUUGCAGUGAAUCUGGGACUUCUUUUAGAUAUUCUUAAAUUUGGCUACAGUGUUAAUUAUCUAAUGAACACCUGAAGUGCUCCAAGUACCCAUGGUGCCGUUGUACAUAGUCUUUGUAUUACUGCCAUUUGUAUAUUUUGUAUCCAUCAUUUAUAACCUGUGAUAAGUCAGUCGCCAAGAAACCUAACAAUCAGUAUUUAAACGAAAAAAAUAUAUAUAUUUUAAAUUCUAAUCGAUACUCUUUGUCCCUUGUUUUAAUGUUUUACUGAGCCCACUAGUGAUUGGGUCCUCUGGAAUGGGACUUCACAAGGUGUUAUUUCUUGUGUGAGUUUUUUAAACAUUUACUUUUAGGUAAAGGUCUUGUUUUUUCGAAAAGGUUAUGGGACUCGGUAUUUUUCCCCUAUCCCGAACGACGGUCAUAGUUUGCGAUGAUUUACGCCUUCGAUUGUCUUGAUCUUCGGUUUCUAUACAGAUUUCUAUGCAAUCUUAUCCGUGACAACUAUUCUCAAUUCCAAAAGUAUCUUCCAGAUUACCUCCGAGAUGAAGAACUCAGGAUCGUCAUUACCACAUCACCUUUAAUCUUCCUGCAACAGAAGACGCCUUCCCUUGGGAAUAAUUACAAAAUUGCACUGGACUAGUGCACAUUUAAUAUAGAAGCUACAAUUUAGGCCAAAUCGGUUUGACUAACACCUAUCGUAACGUUUAUGUAGAUAAACUCUGUACGAACGAGGGAUCAACAGAUACCGAAUGCUAACGGUACGCUUCAUUUGUCGUAACCAAUACCUUGAGCUUCUGUCCUUUUUAGAUCUAAAACACAAGCAUGUAUUAUAUUAUAUAUAUUUUUUUUAUUUAUUUCGAAUGUCAGUGAGUUCCUGUUGGGGGAAAUUCUCCAAGAACCGAAUUGAAAACAGUUAAAUAAAUAUGGUCUGUACUUUUCUAGGAUUAAAAACUUCCUUUUUAUAGAUUGUUUUUUAAUGUUGCAAAAUAAUGGUACUCCUGUUUAAAUUCUCACUGUGAUCCUUAUCAGACGAAUUUCACAUUUUCUCAUGUGACUUUGCAAGUGUUGCUUUGUUAAGUAAGAUCAACCAAAAGAAUGCUGAAUGUCAAAACAAAACUUGAGAAUUCCUCCUCAAAAAAAAUGGGUUUUUUUUCACACGGUUAUCUUUGAAUGUUUACUUUGAGAAUAUAUUAUCAACUUGGAAAUGCACAAUUGGUCCAGUGCACUAUAUUUGCCUAGGCAUUGAUCACAGUCGGGUUGCCUCUGUUGUACACUUCACAAAAAAAAACUCGACACGGGGCAUGUACAGUUCCAUUCACAUCGCUUUGUGCAGAUUUGUGAGGGGUUAAAGGUUAUCUUUGUUGGAUCAAACUUUGAAAUUCUUCGCUUAAAACUUGACGGCAUUCUCGAAAGGGGGACGUGUUCACCGACCGUAGCAAUACAAUGGGUAAUCUUCCAUGAAUAUUUGGUGAGAAUGGGACAUAAAAGUAUGGAGCGAUGCUCCGGUUUCCGGUUGGUUGGUUUCUUUUCUAUCUGCUUGAAGUUGUAAUUUUUUAAUGCGAAGUACAAUGUACAGUGACCGACCUUGGUGUAAUCCGUUCACAAACUGUACUCUGUAUUUACUUGGCCUAUACGAAGACUGCUGCAUUUAGCAUGCAUGGACCGCAUGUGCUCACAAUUCAAAUUGAAUUCAGGAAGCCCUUCGAAAUUAAAACCGAGUUUAGGGGACAUAUUUAAACCAAGUCGUACAUCUUAGUAGUACGCUGAUAUACCGUACAUUGUAGUGGGAUUUACAGUCAGUCGUCUCUCUUUAAUACAAACACUGUUAAAACAAAUUCAGGUUAAAGCAAACGUGAUGCCUUGGUCCCGACUGUGCUUAUAGGCCUAUAUGUGCGCAAUGAAUGGAACGAGUACUCCGCUUAAAACAAAAUUCUGCUAUAACGAACAUUUUGGCUAUAGGUCCAGCUGAGUUUGUAACUUUGUAUUAACGAGACUCGACUGCAAUAAUGACAUGUGUAGUCGAAAUUUUCAAGCAUUGCAACAGUAACAUUCUCCAAUGCAAUUUUUCGAUAUUGAUUUUUUUCCAUCAUAAAUUUGAAUGAAGAAUACUGAGGAUUGGUGUUACAAAGUUCAGUUAAAAUAACGGAUGAGUUUCAAAUUACGAAAUAUCUCUUCUUAAUUUGCUGCCUUUAAAUGGAAGUACAAAGCAUAACUACUAAAUGUUAGUACCACGAUGAACUGUUAAUGUCAAUAUUUGUCCAACAAAAUGAUGUGGUAGUUUCAUACUUAAUGAUCCAAUUUGGUAAACCAAACAGUAUUCCAUUAGACUUUGAAAAUGUGCUUCUUGAUUUUUGUCCCGAUCGAAACAGAGUGUUUAGGUGUGCUCACAUGCUCGCAUUUGUUUGGCACCUGCUGUGUGCAAACGAUAUAAUACCCUAGCGAACCUUAAUUGACUGUAUUAGUAGCGUGAUUUUAACAAGUGGUGUGGUGAAUCUCGACCCGACAAAAUGUGACAAAUUAUGGUUUAUGAUGCCAAUUAUUGUACAGACCAUGCGUUCGUCUAGCAUCGGUCUCUGUUUAAUUCAAACUAGUGUUUGAGAGACGUCAUCUAAAGUUUACUAUGUUAAACCUAUAAUCUAGCCUGAAUUCCUAUUAACGAUUCUCAUCGUAAGAGCUGUUGUGAGUCGUUGUAUAGCUUUCAGAACAGUUUUUGAAUCAAUCAGAUUUGCAAGAUGAUUGAAAGCAAACUAAAACACCGACUUUCUUUAAUUAAUGGAAUCACCGAUUUCAUUUCUUGAAGAACAUUUAUUGAAUUAUUAAUGUCGCUUUUGGUAUCGACUUCUUCCAAUUAUUGGUUACGUUUUCUCUCUGUUAAUUGUAAUCAUAUUUUCAAAGGACGAGCAUUUUUUGUAUACUUAGGGUAUCGUUGCUUUAAGGUUUGAAUAAAGAACCCUUUUGUACUUAUUUGUAGACCUAAGGAAAUAAUUAAAAAUGUUGAAAAGUACUUAAAUUAUAUAUUAAACGAUAACGUUUUUUCUGAAAGGGAAACAA